AUGUUUCAAUUUUUAGUUUUUAUCAAUAUUUUAUUAUUGGUUUCAUCGAUACCAAAAGAAUCUAUACAUAUCAUUGAAGAUCUUCCGAUUGGUACAUCAAUAUAUACAUUUAUAACUGAUGGUUGUAAAACAGAAAAUAGUACUGGUACAUAUCGUUUUGUUGAUAGUCAAAAAAAUUCCAAUGAUUUUUUUCUUAUUGAUCCAUAUACGGGACGUGUUAUAACAAAAAAAUUAAUUGAUCGUGAUGAUUUUUGUCUUCGUCGUAUGUGUUCAUGUUCCAAAUGUGAAAUAAUACUUGAAGUUAUAUGUGUACAUAUUGGACAAAUAUAUUUCAAUGAUUUAUCAAUUAUAAUUGAUGAUCGUAAUGAUCAUGCACCGGAAUUUCCUAAAUCUUCAAUAACAAUUGAUGUUUUAGAAAAUGUACCCAUAGGUUAUUUAAUACCACUUGAUGUUGCUAUUGAUCGUGAUUAUGGAAUAAAUUCAAUACAAGGCUAUAAACUUAUUGAAGAAAAUUCAACAAUAACAAAAAAUUCUAUUAAUAAAAUUUCACAAGCAUUUCAAAUUGAAUAUUCAAAAAAAAAUGAUUUACUUGCAUUACGUCUUAUGAAAAUACUUGAUAGAGAAUUAUGUGAUUCAUUAAAAUAUAUUAUACAAACAUAUGACGGUGGACAACCACAAUCACUUAUAAGUAAAUUACAUGUACGAAUAAAUAUUCUUGAUGUUAAUGAUAUGUCACCAGUAUUUGAUCGUUCUGAUAUACGUGUACUUUUAAGUGAAUCAACAUCAAUUGGUUCACUUGUUGCACGUGUACAUGCAUUUGAUGGUGAUACUGGUCUUAAUGGUCUUGUUUAUUAUACAAUUGUUUCAUUAGAUCCACCAUUAAAUGGAACAUUUAUAUUAUCAAAAGAAACUGGUGAAAUACGUCUUGGAAAAAAACUUGAUUAUGAAAAAGAAAAAGUUUUUCGUAUCAAAAUCAAAGCACAAGAUAAUGGACCACAACAAGGUUCAAUAUCAGCAUUUGCUACAAUUGAUAUUGAUAUAAAAGAUGAAAAUGAUAAUCAUCCAUUAAUAACACCAACAUUUAAUGAUGAUCCUAUAUCAGGUGUUGAACAUUUAUUAAAUACUAGUAUUAUACGUAUUCGUGAAAAUACUCCAAAUGGAACUUUUUUAGGUCACAUCUCAAUCAAUGAUUUAGAUCAGGGUGAUAAUGGCCGAGUAAGUUGGUCACUUGUGAGUAAUGGCACUAUAGCUAUUAAAGAAUUACUUAAUAAUGAAGCUUUUCUUAUGUUUACACAACGAAUAUUUGAUCGUGAAGAACAAUCACGUUAUGAGAUUUAUCUUGAAGCUCAAGAUCAUGGUAUUUCAUCACUUUCAAAUGCAUUAAAUUUUACUUUAAUUAUUCUUGAUGAAAAUGAUAAUGCACCUAAAUUCGAUCAAGAAUUUUAUUCAAUAAAUAUAUCAGAAACAGUUCCCAUAAAUACAAAACUUUUACAUUUUCAUGCUACAGAUAAUGAUGAAGAAAAUACAGUAAAUAGUCAAAUUGAAUAUCAAUUUUUAAAUCAUACAAAUCAAACAAUAUUUUCAUUAAAUUCUACAACAGGUGAAUUAUAUUUAAUUGAUAAAUUUGAUCGUGAAGAAAAUUCAUAUUAUGAAUUUGAUAUUAUUGCAUUUGAUCAUGGUCAACCAAAAUCAUUAUCAUCAAUAGUUCAUUGUAUUAUUUAUUUAAUAGAUAUAAAUGAUAAUUAUCCAAUAUUUGAUUUACUUGAAUAUCAUUUUAAUAUAGCUGAAACAUGGUCUCAUCUUGCACCAAUUGGUCAUGUUCAUGCUACUGAUGUCGAUGAAGAUUAUAGUGAAUUACAUUAUCAAUUAGUUAGUAAUGAGUCAAUUGUAUUAGAUCAAUGGCCAUUUGGUUUGACAAUAAAUGGUACAUUAUAUCUUAAAAGAACAUCUGUUGGUAUCGAUUAUGAACAUCGUUCAGUAUAUAAAUUUUUUAUAAUGGCUAUUGAUAAUGGUGGUCUUAAUACAAGUGUACCUGUAACAAUAAAUAUACUUAAUCGUAAUGAUUUUUGUCCGGAAUUGAUUAAUAAUUCAACAGCAUUAUUUUUUAAUAAAGAUCUUUGGUUAAAUAAUACACAUGAAAAUUUUAAUCAAUAUUAUUUAGAUAUAUAUGAUGGUGAUAAUGAUACAUGUUUAAUUGAAUUAAUGAAUUUUAAUGAUAUAUUUCGAUUAGAACAAAUUGAUUAUAAUAAAUUUUUAUUAUAUGCAUAUAUAUUACCUGAACGUGAAUUUUAUAUAUUAGAAUUUCGUUUAUAUGAUUUAGUUAAUAAUAAUGAUCAAUCGUGUAUUCGAACAAUUCAAUUAGUAUUAGCUAUUGGUACAAAUGAAACAAAUCAAACAUUAAUAUUAGAUACAGCACGUGAAUAUUUAGAAGCUCUUCAUUUAACAUCAAAACGUUCACAUUCAUAUUUUGAUUUAACAUUACUUAAUGUUAUACUUCUGUUUGUUUUACUUUCAAUAGCAAUUAUUAUUGCAUUAGUUGCUGUCAAAUUACUUUUUCUUUCAUCAUCAUCAUCACCAUCAUCGUCAUCAACAUCAUCAUCAUCUUUACGUCAUCAACGAAUACGUCAACAACGGAAAUUACGAUAUAAUAGAAAUGGAAAUACUAUGGGUGGAACACUUUAUCGUCUUCAAGGUCCAACUGAAACUCAAUUACCAUUAUUAGAAAAUGGACCAGGUGAACAUUCAUUAACAUCAUCAUUGAUUGAUGGAAAUAUUAAAAUAGCUCAAGAUGAAAAUAUUAAUCAUUCGAUUGAUAAUGAUGCACAUGUCGAUGAACAAAAGCAGCAUCUUUUAAGUCAAUUUAAUCAAGUUUCAUCAUCAAAAAUAAAAAAUAUAAAUGAAUUUAAAACAUUUUCAUUAAAAUCAAAUAAUAAUCCAUAUGAAAUAAUUGGAUUUAUUCAUUCUAGUGAACAGCAUUCCUCUUCAUCAUCAUCUUCAAAUCGUGGUGUUCGAGACAGUGGUUAUGAAACAACAUCAUCAAGUAUUGAACAACAACAACGUUUGUUUUCACCACCAAGUCCAUCUAAUGUUAGUCUAUCUCCUGAUGGUCAAUUAAUAACUGUAACUUAUUUUUCUUCUCCAAUACCAUCUCAUCCUGAUUCAUUAUCAUCAUCAUUAUCAUCUUCGAAUACUAUUCCACGAACUUUAAAAACAUUUUCUCAAAUGCCUGUAACAAAUGCUUCAGGCAAUGAAUCAUCAACAAUGAUGAAUAUUCGUCUUGCUGAACAGGAAAUAAUCGAAGUCUGA